AUGCAGGCAUUUCAGUUUGAACUUUUUCUCAAGGGAAAAGACCUUUGGGGUCAUAUUGAUGGCACAUAUGUUGAAAAACCAUCCACUUUUGACAAAUCUCAGGAUGUUGGGUCUUCUCCUUCAUGGGUUGUGCUUGAUGCAUGCAUCAUGUCUUGGCUUCUUGGUUCAGUGGAGCCUCAUAUUGUUACCCACUUGCGGCUCCAUCGCUCCGCUCAAUCUAUGUGGGCUUAUUUGAAGAAAGUUUAUCAUCAGGAUAAUGAUGCUCGUCGCUUUCAAUUAGAACAUGUGAUUGCCAUGUUUCAACAUGGUAGUCUUUCCAUCCAGGACUACUACUCAGCAUUCUGA